AUGGCGGUGGAGAAUUUGGCUUCAAAUUCAAUGGAGAAUAUUUCUUGGCUUCAAGGCCUGCUAUGGUGGAGAAACUGGGGCAAAAGAGACUGGGCAAUAUCAGCCAUCGGAUUUGCCGUCUUUGUCUUCGCUCUCUCUUUCGUCUCCUACUCUUGGAACUCUGAUCCAGACUCCAACCUCAGCUCCUCAUUCCAUCGAAUCACCGCCACCGAUUUGGUCGACUUGACCUUGUUGCACAACGCCACACGUAGAGGCGCAGUUUGCUUAGAUGGGAGUUUGCCUGGCUACCAUUUUCAAAAGGGCUUUGGUUCUGGCGCCAAUAGUUGGGUGCUUUACAUUGAGGGUGGAGGUUGGUGCAAUACAAUAGAAUCGUGUUUUUGGCGUAGAGAGAUCCAUUUAGGGUCUUCCAAACAUAUGGGACAUCGAGUCCACUUUACUGGGAUUUUAAGCCCUCACCAAGCACAAAAUCCUGAAUUCUUUAACUGGAACAGAGUCAAAGUGCAGUAUUGUGAUGGUGCAUCUUUAGCCGGCCACCCGGAUAAUGAGUUGAGGAAUGGAACACGCCUUUUCUUUAGGGGUCAGCUCAUCUGGGAAGCACUUAUGGAUAAGUUCUUCUCACUUGGCCUGUCGAAAGCGAAACAGGCCCUUCUUGCGGGAUGCUCCGCCGGUGGAUUGGCGGCUCUUAUACAUUGUGAUGAAUUUCGUGGUCUUCUGCCUAAGAAUGUAACUGUCAAAUGUCUUGCUGAUGCAGGUUUUUUUCUUGAUGAGAAAGAUGUUAUCGAAAAUCCCACCAUGAGAUAUUUCUUUCACGAUGUUUUCAUCCUUCAUGGUUUAAGAAAAAGUUUACACAAGGAUUGUAUUGCAAGAAAGGAACCAGCUGAGUGUCUAUUUCCUGAAAAAAUUAUUAAAAACAUUGCCACCCCAGUGUUCCUCCUCCACUCAGCUUAUGAUUUUUGGCAGAUACAAAAUAUCUUGAUACCUGAAGGAUCAGAUCCGUAUCACUACUGGCAAAAGUGCAGACUGGAAAUUCAUAAUUGCAAUGCUACCCAGGUUGAAAUACUGCAAGGUUACCGCAGAUCUCUUUUGAAGGCGCUAAAAGAAUUCCAGAAAAAUAAGGAAGGAGGAAUGUUUAUAAGUUCAUGCUUUAUUCAUUGCCAGGCAUGGAUGACUGAGACAUGGCAUGCUCCCACUUCUCCACGAAUAAACAAUAAGGGUUUAGCAAAGAGUUUGCACAAGGAUUGUGCUACGAGAAUGGAACCUUCUAAGUGUCUCUUUCCUGAGGAAAUCAUUAAAAACAUUAACACCCCAGUGUUCCUAGUCAACCCCGCCUACGAUUUUUGGCAGAUACAACAUGUUUUGAUACCUGAAUCAUCAGAUCCACAUGGCUAUUGGAAAAGCCUGCAAGUUGUGAUCAGCAGGAAGUUUGGGUCUUCUCAUCAUGUCACAUUUAAACUACUCCAUAAAGUUGUUACUCUUAAGAUAGGAUUCUUAAGGAAAUUGUUCUAUGAAACAUCUCACUGGAACAAUCUGGUCAUAGAUUUUGUGGACCAUUACAGUUGCAAGUUGGAAACAGUGGGCAUUGCUAAUGUAAUCUUAUGA